AUGUGGGUUACCACAUUUGAAGAGGCUGGAAAGCUCUGUGUGUUUGGUGCUGAAGACGCAGUGAAGACAGUGUCAGUGAUGGAGGGAGAUUCUCCCACUCUAAACACUGAUGUUACUGAAACACAGAAAGCUGAGCUGAUACUGUGGACGUUUGGACCUGACAGCACUCGUAUCGCUCAGAUCAACAGACUGGUCAAUAUGGUCUCAUUCAACCCGAUCUCACGACCAAUUCAUAGCGUUGUCUCAUUAUACAGUAAUGCUCUUGAUGGGAGAUUCAGAGGCAGGCUGGAGUUAGAUGAUCAGACUGGAGAUCUUACAAUCAGAAACAUCAAAACUGAACACUCUGGACUUUAUGAACUACAGAUCUUUGGCGGAAAUGUGGUCACAGCCCAAAAAUUUAGUAUUAUUGUUUCUGCUCGUCUGCCAGUUCCUGUCAUCAUCAGUGACUCUUCACACUGUUCUUCAUCAUCAUCAUCGUGUUCAUUGGUGUGUUCAGUGUUGAAUGUGUGUGAUGCGACUCUCUCCUGGUACGCAGGAAUGAGUGUAUUGUCCAGCAUCAGUGCGUCUGAUCUAAGCAUCAGUCUCUCUCUACCUCUGGAGGUGGAAUAUCAGGAUAAAAACACCUACAGCUGUGUGCUGAACAAUCCCAUCAGCAACCAGACCACACAUCUGGACAUCAACACACUCUGUCACACAUGUGCAGUGGACGAGUCGACGAUCAAAACAGGAGGUUUAUCGUUCAGUCAUAUAGUGCUGAUCUGUGUUUUUGUUGGAGUAAUUGUCGUAGCCGUGGCUGCCGUUGGGUUAUUCACCAUCCACAGGAAAUAUAGAAAUACGAAUCAAAUGACAGACGGGGUCGUUCCUGAGAAAGUUGAACUGAAGACCGUGUCAGUGACGGUGGGAGACUCCAUCACUCUAAACACUGGCAUCACUAAAAUACAACACUGUGAUGUGUUACAGUGGAGGUUUGCUAAAUCAGGCACAGAUCACACAAAUCCAUUUGAUGUCAUCACCAGACUAAAUGAACUGAACAAUAGCGGUUGUCACGAUCAUGAUGACCGCCUGAUCCAAGUUCAUGAUGACCGAGUUCACCUGGAUCGAAAAACUGGAUAUCUCACUAUCAAUGACAUCAGACUUACAGACUUUGGAGUUUAUAAACUAAAUAUCAUCAGGAAUGGGAGAGAUAUGAUCUCCAAGACAUUUCUUGUCCACGAUUCCUCAGAAAGAGAAGAUGCGUCAGAGGAGACAAACUCACUGUUGAAGAACGGACAGAUCUCUGAAACCUCUCGUCUAUAG